AUGUGGUAUGGCGGUAGGUCAUUUCUGCGGAUCACGACGCAACGUUCCGCUGCCCAAAUCCGAACCAUACCUUUCCGGGAAAGGGUGCGACGAAAACACACUAUAUUAUUGUAAAUUCCAGCAUGAUGUCCCUACCCCAAUCGAAUUAUGUCCUGUUGAGGCAUGUCUACAAAAUGAAAAGACUGGCGAAGAUGUGUGCUUGGUCCCUGAUUGUAGGUGCGGGGCAGUGCUAGGUCGUAUAUGUGGCUCCAGAAGCAAUGUCACGGUGCCCGGAACCGAACCGUACCUUUCUGGAAAAGGAUGCCUCGAAAACGCCGUAUACGAGUGUAAAACUAAACAUGGUUACCCUAUCCUAAUUGAAAAUUGCCCUGUUGAGGCUUGCAAGGAAAAUGAAAUCGUAGUCCAAGAUAAUACG